AAAGCUUCUAUUCCGUUUGCCCUGAAAUUCUGGCCAGACACAUUGCCGAACGUUACUGCCGGUUUCCGAACGGGGUCGCGGUGGACCCGUUCUGCGGAGCCGGCGGUAAUGUUAUCCAAUUGGCUAAAACGUGUGGGAAGGGUACGUACCUAAACGCCAAUGCGCGUAAAAUUUACCAUUUUCGUUUAUAAUAUCAAAAUACAGUAUAUAACCGGUGUUUUUAUUUUUGAUUUUACAUCAGUCAUAGCCAUGGACAUCGACGGCACCAAAAUAAAAUUAGCCCGGCACAACGCCCGGAUAUACGGGUGUGACAAUAUUGAAUUCCGGCAAAAUGAUUAUUUUCAUGGGCCGAUCGUUCGUCGGGUAGACGUAGUUGUCACGUCGCCCCCGUGGGGCGGCCCUGAGUACCUCAGCCGGGAUGUGUACAGUCCGUCAAUCCCGUGCGAGGCUCACGGGGGCGGCGAAGCCAUCGUUCUUAUUGCAAGAGCGAUGGCGCCGAAGCUGGCACUACAUCUUCCGCGAACGGUCGACAAGUCCGAG